GCGCUUCUCGAGGAACACGGGGUUAACUUUGCUGGGUGCUUGGAGAAGUCGGAGCUCAGGGAGCUUUGGGACUGCUUCCUGGAGCUUUGCCAAAAACCCCUAGCGUCGCUCCAGGCCCAGGUGUCGCAGCUAGCUGGCCCCAGUGGGCCCAGGUUCCCUGAUGUCCCUUCUUGCGCCCGCUUCCUUGUGGCAAAGAGGGCCCCCAGAAGACAGCCUGAGCAGGCGGACGAGGCCGAAGCCCGUCCCCGCCCGGUCGCGACUCCGCGAGUUGCCGAGGUUGCCUCGAGCCGGGAUCGAGAAGCUCAGGAGGAAGUGCUCCGCAUCCUGCCACUGCGCCGCGAGGACUUCAGAUCACCGGCGGACUGGGGCUUCGCCGUGCUGGGGCUAGGGGCCCCUCAGGUGCCUGACAAUGCCGCAGCGGUUCAACGCAGCUACCGAAACUUGAUGCGAAAGCUCCAUCCCGACAAAGUUCUGGCGACAGAUGGCGUCGAAAGAAGCAUCCAGCUCAUCCGUGAAGCGAAGGACAUCUGCGAAAAAAGCUUUUCACGGAUUGAACCUCCCAUGGCACCACAGUCACUGAGGUACGAGGUCUUGGACAGCAAAGUCGGGCACCGGCGCUACCAGCUCCGUUGGCUGCCUCCUCCGGUGCAGGAUGCUGCGCCCGUCUGCAGGUAUUUGGUUUCUGCCCUGGACCCGGCGUAUGGGAAGCCGCUCACGAUCACGGUGCUAGAGCCGGACUACAGCGAGGAGCUGAGGAGGUUCGUGACAACGGAGGAGCUCACGAGUUUCGUCCUUGCAGAAACCGACCUCAAAAAGAUGCCCAGCCUCUGGAAGCAACCGACGGCGACUGUGCACGUGGCUGCUGCGAAUGAAGCCGGCCAGUCCCGCCCCGCGAAGCUGGAGAUCCGGCUGGCUCCAUCCAUGGCUUGGUCUCCGAGCAGUUCGGACAGCGAGUCCACUGCGACCUCGAGUUCUGGGCUCCCUAGGAGCCCUCAAAGCCCUGACUUCGAGGAGGAGAUUCAGAAGCGCUCGGGGCCCGAGCUCCGGCGCUGGCUGCAAAAACAGCUGAAAGCACCGCUGGUCGCUUGGCUGAAGACACUGCGCCUGCCCACAUCCGGGACGAAGGAGGAUCUCGUGGAGAGGGUCCUGGACGUGAUUGGGAUGUGA